CCCCCCGGGACGCGGGCGCGGGGGACCCACCUGAGGGCGCAUGCGCUCCGCCCUGAGGCCUCGGGUCCCACUUGUGGGGUGCACGGGGCGGCGGGGAGCCCUGCGCCCUCGAGGCCGCCGCGUCCGCUCUCUUCUGGCCUCGUCCGCGUUUGCACCCGUGCUGAGCGGCCGCGGAGCUUGCAGGUGACCCUACGUGCCCCGGCCCCGUGGGGGGCUCGCGGCCCCCUGCUCCCGGGCCCGGCUCCGUGUGCGCCGUCCAGCGUGGUCAGCUCUGUGGGAAGGCAGAGGCCCUGCUCUCUGUGAGAAGAUGUCCUACGGAUCCAUCGCUGGCAGUGGCGGCCUGGGGAGCCAUGGUCCUUUCGGGGGAUCUUCCAGACAAGGCUAUCAGCCCCUAGAGUGCGCUAAAUGUUGGACCGAGUACGGAAUCCGCCAUUUCCCCUGCCCGUCGCCAGAGAGCAGCCCACGGGACCCCUGUGUGGGCGAGGAUGGGGAAGGUGAUCUGGGGUCGGCGGGCACGCCCAGAGGCCCGAGGGCCAGGAAGCGAGGGCCAGGGGUCGCCGUCGAAGGCCGUGGGACGCCGGAGCCCGCCUCACCGCCUGCUGCCGGCCCGAGGAAGGACUCCGCCGGCGGGGCCCACAGCCGGCUGGCGGGGCCCGGUGCCACGCGUGCCAAGAAGAGGAAGCCCAACUUCUGCCCGCAGGAGACGGAGGUGCUGGUGUCCAAGGUCAGCAAGCACCACCAGCUGCUGUUCGGCAGCGGGCUGCUGAGGGCCGAGCCCGCCCGCAGGUACCGCGUGUGGAGCCGCAUCCUGCAGGCCGUGAAUGCCCUGGGCUACUGCCGCCGAGACGUCGGGGACCUCAAGCACAAGUGGCGGGACCUGCGCGCCGUGGUGCGGCGCAAGCUGGGUGACCUCCGCUGCGUGGGUCCUGGUCCCGGCGCACCCCCAGCCCUGGCCCUCACCCCUGUGGAGCGGGCUGUGGCCCAGACCUUCUCCUGCCGGGCCCCAUCCCCUGAGGGUGUCGACCCGGAGCCGCCCCGAGCCACGCAGGCGGACCCAAGUGACCUCCAGGAGCUGUUCCAGCAGACGUCAGCCAGCGUCUUCCAAAUCAAUUCCAGCGUGAGCUCCUUGGAGCAGAGCCUCCGGUCCUUGGGGACACCGAGUGACACGCAGGAGCUGAGGGAGAGCCUGCACGCGGCGCAGCAGGAGACCAACAAGACCGUCGCGGCCAGCACCGGCGCCGUGAAGCAGAUGACGGAGCUCCUGCGGGGCUGCUCCCGGCAGGAGUGUCUGCAGCUGGACCGCCUGAAAACCCAGCUCUCAGAUGCCAUUCAGCGCUAUGGCGUGGUACAGAAGAAAAUUGCAGAAAAGUCCAGAGCACUGCUUCCCACGGCCCAGCGGGGUGGCAAACAGCAGCAGAGUCCCCGGGGCCCUUUUGCUGAGCUGCCUGAUGAUGAGAAGAUCUUUAAUGGGGGUGACGGCAUGUGGCAGGGCCAGGAGCAGGCGCUGCUCCCGGAGAUCACCGAGGAGGACCUGGAGGCCAUUCGGCUGCGUGAGGAGGCCAUCCUGCAGAUUGAGAGUGACUUGUUGGAUGUAAACCAGAUCAUCAAGGACUUGGCCUCCAUGGUGUCAGAGCAAGGCGAUGCCAUCGCCUCCGGUGCCUUUCCAGGGUCCAGCAGCAGCAAGGCCCCGUGCCGGCCGAGCUCCAGCCCAGAGCCAGCCGUGGCGGCCCUGCUGCCCGGGCUGGGCUGUGCGCCCCCGCGGCCAGGCCCCCACUGCCGCACCAAGACGCGCAAGCCCAACUUCAGCCCCCAGGAGACGGAGGUGCUGGUGCAGAGGGUGACACGCCACUACCCGCUGCUGUUCGGGGCGCUGCGGGGCACGCCCUCCCGGAAGCACCGCGUGUGGAACAAGAUCCUGCAGGCGGUGAACGCGCUGGGCUACUGCCGGAGGGACCUGGGUGACCUCAAGCACAAGUGGCGGGACCUGCGUGGGGCCGUGCGCAAGAAACUGGCGGAGCGCCCACGGGCCCCCGGCCUCGUCCUUACCCCUGUGGAGCGCAUGGUGGCCGAGACCUUCUCAGCCCCAGCACCCCUAGGCGAGGGCCGGGCCGCCGAGCCCCUGCCAACGGACGAGGAGGAUGAGGCCCCCAGCUGCCUGUGGCUACCCCUGCGGACCCUGGAUGGGCCGAGCCUGCCUGAACCCGACCCCCUGGACCUCCGAGGAACUAUCGCUGCACCUACCUCCUCACCCUCCCCACCGGCCUCCCCAGCCUCCCCAGCCUCAGCGCCACCUGCGGCUGCGUUCCCGGGGGCCCUUGGGCCCUCCCCGCCCUCCGCUGCACCAGCCCCGCCCCCUGGGAGGCCCGCAGGGGAGGCCACCGAGUUUGAACAGCGGCUGCUGGACUCCCAUCGGCGACAGGGUGCCCUGCUCUCCCACUGGUCCCAGCAGCAGAGUGCACUGAUGGCUCAGCAGAACCUGCUGCUGCAGAGGCUGGCAGAGCAGAGCCAGCGGCUGGCUGACGGCGUGGAGGCCCUCAACCGGACCCUCGAGAAGCUGGUGGGGGCCUGCCCGGCACAGGGAACCUCGCCCACGGCCCCGGAGGGCACCCUGCCUGGCGGAGCGGCCCGUGGGUCCACCAGAGGCUCCCAGGACAGCCCCCAGGGCUCCCACCCAGGCCUGGAGGUCUUCUCAGGGAUGAUCCUCAAGGUGGAGGACGAGGUCUAGGGUCUGGCCCCCAGAAGGCCGCACACAGUGGGGACUCCAGCCCUUCUGAGAGCUGGGCCCAGGGACAGCCGGGCAGGGCUAGAGCCUCGACAGAACCAGUGAGGACAAAGGACACUCAUGACGUUGUCCCUGGGGCUCAACGAUGUGCCAGGAAAGGCCUCGGAGCCAAUCUGCAGGUCCUGGGCAGAGGUCUGCUCAGGGACCUCAUGGCUGGAGGGGGCAGAGGGGCACGAGUGGAGCCCCUGCUGCCAUCCUGCGUGCUCACCAGCUGUAGUGAGCCCCUUGGAGGACAGGGCCGGCACCUCCCUGCAGCCACAGGGCCGCUAGAGCGUCCCCAGACCUGGAAGGGUGGCUCAGCUGGGUGUCACGAAGGCCCCCGGGGACCCGGAGUGCCCACCGGAAGCCUUCUCCUCCUGGAUGUGUGGACUCUGCGGGCUGGGUCCUGCACUUUUCUUCAUUCUGCCAAGGGAACCACGUCCUGCAGGCCUGGAGUCCUUUCUGCCCAGUUAGAGCUGUGGCUUGAUAGACACGCAUAUGCGUAUGUGUUACUGGGUACUGUAUGGGGUGGGGUGCUGUUUUGUACCUACUGAUUUUUCCUGCAAAAAAGUAUUUUUCCUAUAUAAGCAUAAAAUAAUGAAAAAGGCAGUAAAGGUAGUGAUGAUGCUCACCAACAAA